AAUUAAAAGUGUAUCAAAAUAAUAAAAUAAAACGCCGUUUGCAUAUGGGUGGAGCGGAUUUUAGAACAUUUAAUGUGUUAUAGGGAAUCCGUCGUAUCUAUAUAAAUGAUUUUUAUUUUCUGUGAAAAUUACAUAUUAACUGAACUAACUGAACAGCACACGAAAAGUGAUAGAAUCUAUAUAGGAUUGGCAAAAGAUAAAAUUAAUGAAUGAAUAGUGUAAACAAAUUGGUCUAGCACUAGUGCAGAUUAAUGGAAUUAUGUUGGUACUGUGUAAUCGGACAAUUUCUCGAAUUAGUAGACCAAAAGCUUCACAUUAAAUACAUAAAACGUAGACCUCAGCAAAAUCUAAACUAAAGAGCCAAACGCAGAAAAUGCAGGACUCGCCUGAUGCCAAGAAACCUUGUAAGGGCAUUCUAAAAAAUUCCAGCAGUUUUGAUAAGCCCGGCGCUGCGAGUUAUCGCAAGAGUGCGAAGUUUGAUGAAUUGAAUGUUUUGCAAACCUACCACCCACAUGACAAAGAUUAUGGUCAUAUGAAAAUUGAUGAGCCGAAAACGCCAUAUAAUUACGUUAUUCCGGAUCUGGCCCACACAGAUGCGUUAGACGCAAAUUUGCUCGCGGAAAAGCUACGUAUUGCCGCGAGUACUCAAUCGCCUGCAUUCGGUUCUGAAGAUAUUUCUGAUGAAGAAAACAUCGAUGAGACACCGGAAGAAAAAGUUCGUCGACUUGAGUUUGAACGUCGCAGAAAAGCGCAUUACAAUGAAUUUGAAGCGGUUCGACUAGCGCGUAAAUUGAUUGAGGAAGAACUGGGGGAUGAAGAUGAAGAGAAUGAUAUUUCAUCUAUUGGGGAGGAUGUUAAAUCAGUAGCUUCUGCUGAAAAAUCUAACAAUGAGGAAAUUGAACUUCAAAGUGAAACCACAGAACAAGAGGUAUUGCCUGAAAGUGCAGUAGAGGAGGAAACCGGCACUACAGAACCAGACUCCGAAAUUGAUUCUUCCGAAAGCAACCGACCUUCAGCAACCAAUAUGGAUGUUGACGGACAAUUGCAGCCCUCCCAUCCUUGUUAUGGAAGGGAUUAGUAUAUGUAUAAAUAUAUCUUAAUACAAAACACAUAUACGCAUUAGUCUUUGCUACAUUAAAGCACGUAAACAUAAUUUAAACAAAUAAUAUUUGAAUCAACGACAAAAGCAACACGUGAUCGUUCGUAAUAUUAAAUUUAAUCUUGACAAUUACAUAACUAAAAAUCGAGAAGAAUCAAACAAACCAAUUAAUAUAAAAAAUAUUGCUCUCCUCUUUGCUUACAUGGAUUCAAAGCAAUAAAAUUGUGUCAAAUUAAAAAUAUGUAUGUAUGUUAAUCAUUGUUUGAUUUAAAAGAAGGAAUAGUUUUCGAAUAAAGCUUUGAAAUAAAUCGUGUCACAAGUAAAAAAAAAAUGACGAACUAUUUCACGCGUUUAAUGUUUUUUUCGUUUUAUAGUAUAUACUCGAAAUCUGUAUUAAAACAUUAGUAAUUGAAGAUUAAUGUGUGAAAAAGCCUUUAAUUAAAUAUGAUAUGCUCUUCUUUAGAAAUUUACUCGAAAAGCUAAUUAUGAAAUAUGUUAAUCAUUAAAUCAUAUAAACUUAAUAUCUUAAAUUUUUAAUCUUCAAACAAGAUUAAUAAAAUAUUGAAAAUCAUCACGACGAAUAAGCAAAUAGUUGAUAUAAAAAAUAAAAUAAAUGAAAUGAAAGCCGCAUGAAAAUCGCUUACAUUUAACAUUGCCAUAACAAUGGCAUAGUGUUUGUUAAUCAUUUUGUUCAGAAGAUAAUAUAACUUUAACUAAAUAUGUAAAUCAUUUACACACAUAAGCGCCAAGUGCAUUUGUACAUUAUUGUAUUGUUCUGAUAAAUAUCUUUUAAUUUGCUCCACAAACUUCCAGAAUUGAAAACUUUUAAAGAAUUUUGUUUAUUAGGAAUACGAAUAAUUUAAUAGCCAUUUAACUAAUCCUUGCAUUUAAUUAUGUAUGCGUGCAAAACAUGUAUAUAUAUGUUGAUGAAGAUCUAAUAAAUGACCAGUGAUGGCAGCUAUCUAUUGUCGUAAUUUAAUCUUAACUUCCGAUCCAAUCGAAUGCAACUCGUUUGUAUCCAGUAGAAAUUUAUUCAAAUGAUCAAUUAUUGUUGCACUGAAUUAAUUUUGUAACAAAAUCAAUAUGUUAAUGCAUUGAAAGCUUUGCAAUUGUUUAUGCUUUGCUUUGUCUAAUUGUAAUCAAAUCAGAGAAGUGACUUUAAUUACCGAAGAUAAUAAUUGGAUGUACAUAUGUGUGUACAAUGCUUAUUACUCAUUUCAAUUGUAUAUUUCUAAUCUUAAGUCAAACAUAUUCAGUUUCGCCCACGUGGAAUUGUUUUUAUAAAUUACAGCCUGUGAUAAAAAUAAUUAAAUGUUAAUAAGUAAUCUUCAAUUGGCGGAUGCAUUGCAAACAUACGUACAUAUAUGAUGUACAUAUGUAUAUUGGAGAGUGGAAUUUUGAAACGAAAUUUCAACUUCUAAUGCCUUCAAAUCGGAUGAUUCUCACAGUAACUUAGGUACUUCGAAAGUUGGAUUAUUUGUUACAAAUGAAAAUGGUGGUCAUAGAUGGAGGGAGUUCGUAGUAUUUUGAGAUUUGUGUAAAUGUUUUUAAUAAAAAAUAUUAAGUAAACAAAUUAUAUGGGCAUUUCCGUCAUGUCGAACGAAAACCAAGGCAUUCGCACGGACAAAAAAUGGAAGUCGUUAUUGGGGACAACAAUUCAUAGUUUUUUAAUUAAAUAUUUACCACAUUCGCACGGUGCGACAUGUCCCGUUUUUUUCAUCAUUUAUUAUUUAUUGUUUAACAACAUGUCCUAUAAAAUGGCUUAAAAAAGUAGUAAAUGUAUUUAUUUAUUUAUAUUUUAAUUAACAUCCAACGUGAAACACAACAAAUAUAGUAGUAUGACAUGAAAAUAGUAUUAUGAAUGUGAAAUACAGUUUUUUUUCAGAAAAUGCUGUCCUUGGGUAUAAACAUUUUUGGAUUUCGUUAUCUGCCAGACGUUCCUUUUGAUAACUGCUCCCACUCUAUCGACGGCUACUUGCAAAAAAUUAUAUUCUAAUGAAGAGUAUUUUAAUUAUUUAAAAAAAUCAACCAGACUUGAUAAUAUAAAUUUCUUUUUAAACUGGGAGCAGUUACCUUAAGAAAAAUAAAUAUUUUAGAAAAGCAACUAAAGGAUUUCCUAAUUUUAGUUAAGAGAUUUAUGAAGAAAAUAAUGUGAUAUGCGUUAGCUUGUCACUUAUAAAAGCAAACUUCUCCCGACAACCUUGUUAAAAUGAGCACUCUUAUUUUGAUUUGUAAGCCUAUAAUAUUCGCCAAAAUCUAUUUGAAUAGCUAUUUCAGUGGGAUUUAAAGUGCGAUUUUUGCUAACAUAUCUAUUUACAUACUUAAGUUAAUUUUAUAUGACAAAAAAUAAUUUUAAAUUUUCAGUUUUUAUUUUUUUGUUAACAAAAUCAUAAAUAUUCAGAUUUUUGGACAAGGCUUUUUUAUUUUAAUUGUAUACAAAUUAACCGUUUGUACUCAAAAUUUUGCAAACUUCAUGCUUAUAUUUCCGAUGCAAUUGUAGGUGAACAAAUCUAUUAGAAUCUGUGCAAUAUGUCCUGAAAAUUCUUUUAUUUAUUUAUAUUUUUUUAUAAAAAUUCAAUACCAUGAUAUCUUAAUGAAAAUAAAUGGACAAAACUAAAUUGUCCCGAACAACAAAACGGUUAUUAACCACAAAUGAUGAGUGAUGAGCAUCCUCUUUAUCAUUGCAUACACCCAUAAUGAGUGACUGCGCCCAAGCAUAGUCCUUACUUUGAAGUUAGAAUUUUUUCCCACAUAUAAAGUUGUAUUCGCUGCUAAAGUUGUCAUGAACUUACCUAUGAUCAGCGUUUGCCAAAGAAUGAAAGAAACACUUUUUUUAUAACUCCGGUUGUUCAGAGAUGUACAAAUUUACAUUUAUUUGAUUUCAUCAAGUUUUAAGCUAAUGUAAUUGUGUACCUUCCUAAUCCAUCAACUAAUCACAUCAUUUACAAUGUACAGUUAAUUGUCGAGUUAGAUAGUAUAAGUUGGGCUGAUCUAUGCCAAUUUAGCAAAACAAUUUCGCUCGGAGAGCUUCCUAUAUUUUUUCAUUUACACAUUUGUCGCGUUUUCUCUCAAUCGUAUUUUAACCAAUUCGUUAUCAAGUGUGUAUAUACUUAUGUAUGUACUAUAUGGAUAAUUAUUUUUGCGGGUGUAUUAUUGGCUUAAUUUUGUAUUUUUUUUUAUUUUUUAUUUCCAGGUUUUUCAUAUCGAAUGAUUUGGGGGUGAAGACAAAUCAAUCUCUAUGUGUGCGUACUUCUUCUGUAUGUAUGUACAUAUAUAUGUAUAAGUAAGUACGUCGUGCGAUUUUCAUUCAAAUCAGUAAAUUUUGUCAUAAUCGAGUCGUAAAGCCAGUACGAAAUAGCCGGUAGUCGGUUCGAGUGCUGAUAAUAUACAAAUCCAUACAUACAUAUGUUCAUAUUGCAUGUAUGUAUGUCUGCAUAUAGUCGGAUAAAUGGAUGAAAAUCAUGAAUGAUCAGUGUAAUAUCACAAUGCUGCUAUCACGCUUGGCAACUCAAGGCCAGCCGGCACGACCCAAAGGCUAUAACGGCAUCCUCGGUGUUAAAAAGUUAUAGCCUGAGGAGCGGACGCCCACUCGCCGCGGUUGACCAGACUAAUGGCACAAAUUGCGUCCACUGAGGUAAUGUGAUUUCAUGAAUUAUUCUUAAUAUUUAUUGGUUUACACCUCUGAUGGAUGUACAUAUGUAGAUGUAGUUAAUCGGUUACAUUGUUACAUAAGUUUGAUUUUUCAUUUGUAAAUAUAUCUUAGUGCUUUCAGGACACCCACCACCAUUAUGUGGUUGUGCAUGAACUUCAGCUGCUCCUCUUCUUACAUUCUUGUAUGCGUAUAUUCAUAUAUACAUAUACAUACUUAAAUAGUUUUUUCUUGCGUUUUGUUACUCUUACAACUAGGGUCUGCAACAUUGCAUGCUGUUGCUGUUGCGAACUGUUUCUAUAUAUAUUAUAUGUAUGCUCUUUGACUUAAUAAUAAAUGGAGAAAACUAAUAUUUAAUAUAUAUGUAUUUCAUUAAUAUAUUAACUAUUGUUUAUAUUUAUUUAUAUUUUUUUUUGUAUUUUUUAUGCAAUAACAAUUUGAAAUGAAACAUAAUUAAAAAUAUGUUGCAAAGUGGAUGCAACUGAAAUGAUAAGCAAAUCAUAAAUGAAAUUAAAAGACAACUUCUUUGCAAGUGACACAUGAACAUGUUGCUUGCUUUCGAAGGAGAGUUGUUUAAAUUAAAGUUAAAAUGUUUCCGUUAUGUCAAAAUCGUUUAAAGCCUCAUCAAUAUGCCAUAGUUCGUAUCAGAAUUUUUGUAUUGUAGAUUGCUUAGAUAGUAGAUUUCCGUUUGGUAUUUUCAUUUGAUUUUAUUUGAAAACUCAGUUCAGCGUCGGAUGUUCGUGGAACGCUUUUGUUUUUCUUCGCCAACAUCCUAAGAUGGAGUUCGCCUUAGGACGGUUUCCAAGUAUUUAUGUAUUCAAAACUAAUUUACAUCGAGUCACUUACUACUAAAAAUUGAUUUUUUUUAUGAAAAUUAAUCCUCAACCACCCCAUCUCACACACGAAGUACGAUGUAUACAUGCGUGCAAGAUUGUGAUAGUUGAGUCAAUUGUGGUUAUAAAUUAAAAGAAAUCUAAAAAAACCGUUACAUACACACAAGCGUUCAUUUGCAUAUGUGUAGGUAUGUACAUAGAUUAAUGUUAAUGCAUUGGCGCUUGGUUCCCGACAUCUCGGGCGUGUUCAAUGAUCCAGUGGCACGCGUAGUUGUUGUUGGUGUAAAGUACCGUGUAUCAUUUUGUAGUUUUUAACGUACCCCCGCCUCGUUGAGCACAGCCGACGACCUCGCAGACUCACACACUCCAAAGCAUCAAGACAUUUCGUAUUGUCCGAAGGGUUAUUUCCCAACCCUAUUCAUCUCGAUUGUCCA